AUGACGAGGCCUACUUCUCUUCCCGUCUCUUUCACGGUCCAGGGGGUCACGAUUCCAGCCCUCGGGAUGAGCACAUUCCCCGGUGAUGCGACCAGCGAGAAGGUCAAGGAUGUCGUGUACAAGGGCCUGUUGUGCGGGUAUCGCCACAUUGACACAGCGGCCGCGUAUUUAAACGAGCAGGAGGUGGGGGAAGCGAUUGAAAAGAGUGAGCUUCCUCGAGAAGAGAUCUUCGUGACUGCCAAGCUACCCCAAACGUGCCACGGUGCUAGCGAUGUCGAGGGUGCUCUUGAUCACACCUUGAAGGCGCUCAAGCUGGACUACGUGGACCUUUACCUCAUGCACUUUCCACAUGCCCUGGUUAAAGGCCACAAGAAUCUGCCCCGGCAAGAACCCAAUGGAAAGCCUAUGGUUGAUCACUUUUUAUCAAAGCGAUAUCCUGCAACCUGGCGUGCCAUGGAACGGCUUGUCGACAAUGGCAAAGCGAAACUCAUUGGGGUCUGCAAUUUCAACAUUCUCAAACUCAAGAGGUUGCUUCAAACGGCCCGAAUCCGACCCGCUGUCAACCAGGUCGAACUCCAUCCUUAUCUUCCACAGAUCGAUCUGCGAGAGUUUUGCAAAAUGGAGGGAAUCCAUAUCAUGGCUCAUCAGCCGCUCGGGGGCAAGCCUUCGUUCCGUGAUGGCCCGCAUUGCCGUCAUAUGAGACCAUUGACAGAUACGGAUAUUUUCCAGCUGUCUAGAAAGAACUUUCGGGGCCGGGCUCAGCUCAUCCUCUCCUGGAUCGUGCAGCAGAACAUAUCCGUGGUCCCCAGGACCAGCCGAAUCACACAUCUAAUAGAUAACAUGAACCUGAAGCGACUGACGAGCGACGAAAUGCUUGGUAUGGCGAUGGUCAGUAGGAUAGUGGGAGAAUUCCGUUUUUCGGACCCUCGCCACGAACUUGGAUUUGAUAUAUUCGAUGAAAACGAAGACCAGCCGGUGAUGGAAUGGUUCGACGAGCCUUUGAUAAAAACCAAUCCCAAGUUUUUGAGCGUCUAG